AUGGCCGAAGUCGGCGAGGACAGCGGCGCCCGCGCCCUGCUGGCGCUGCGCUCGGCUCCCUGCAGCCCCGUGCUGUGCGCCGCGGCCGCGGCCGCCGCCUUCCCGGCCACCGCGUCCCCGCCGCCGCCGGCGCAGCCUCCGCCCGGGCCGCCCGCGCUGCCCGCUGUGCCCGGCUCCGGCCCGGUGCCCUCCACCACCGCUACUGCCACCACCGCCGCGCCCGCUCUGGUGGCCGCGGCCGCCGCCUCCGUGCGCCAGAGCCCCGGGCCGGUCCUGGCGCGCCUGGAGGGCCGGGAGUUCGAGUUCCUAAUGCGACAGCCCAGCGUCACCAUCGGCCGCAACUCGUCGCAGGGCUCGGUGGACCUGAGCAUGGGCCUGUCGAGCUUCAUCUCCCGGCGCCACCUGCAGCUCAGCUUCCAGGAGCCUCACUUCUAUCUGCGCUGCCUCGGCAAGAACGGUGUCUUCGUGGACGGGGCCUUCCAGAGGCGGGGAGCGCCAGCCCUUCAGUUGCCCCAACAAUGCACCUUCCGGUUCCCGAGCACAGCCAUCAAGAUCCAGUUCACAUCCCUGUACCACAAGGAGGAGGCCCCAGCAUCCCCUCUGCGGCCACUCUACCCUCAGAUCUCCCCACUGAAGAUCCACAUUCCGGAGCCGGACCUCCGGAGUCUCGUCAGCCCCAUCCCUUCCCCAACCGGCACCAUCAGCGUCCCCAACUCCUGUCCAGCCAGUCCCCGAGGAGCUGGGUCAUCAGGUUACCGCUUCGUCCAGAACGUGACUUCAGACCUUCAGCUGGCCGCGGAGUUUGCAGCGAAGGCCGCCUCUGAGCAGCAAGCAGACACGUCUGGUGGGGACAGCCCCAAGGACGAGUCGAAGCCACCGUACUCCUACGCGCAGCUGAUCGUGCAAGCCAUCUCCUCGGCACAAGACAGGCAGCUAACACUAAGUGGCAUCUACGCCCACAUCACCAAACAUUACCCUUACUACAGGACUGCUGACAAGGGCUGGCAGAACUCCAUCCGACACAACCUCUCUCUUAACCGUUACUUUAUCAAAGUCCCUCGGUCCCAGGAGGAGCCUGGGAAGGGCUCUUUUUGGCGAAUAGACCCAGCUUCUGAAGCCAAACUCGUGGAGCAAGCAUUCCGAAAGCGGAGACAGAGAGGUGUCUCCUGCUUCCGCACCCCUUUCGGGCCUCUGUCAUCACGGAGUGCUCCAGCUUCACCCACACACCCUGGACUGAUGUCCCCUCGUUCCAGUGGCCUGCAGACCCCAGAGUGCCUGUCUCGGGAAGGCUCCCCCAUUCCACAUGAUCCCGACUUGGGGUCAAAGUUAGCCUCUGUUCCAGAGUAUCGCUAUUCCCAGAGUGCCCCAGGCUCCCCUGUCAGCGCCCAGCCGGUGAUUAUGGCUGUCCCUCCCCGACCUUCCAACUUAGUGGCUAAGCCUGUCGCCUACAUGCCAGCUUCCAUAGUAACCUCACAGCAGCCCUCAGGCCAUGCUAUCCAUGUGGUGCAGCAGGCCCCCACUGUCACCAUGGUGAGGGUGGUAACCACCUCCGCCAACUCAGCCAACGGGUACAUCCUCGCUAGCCAGAGCUCUGCCGGCGGCUCCCACGACACAGCAGGCACAGCCGUGUUGGACCUGGGCAAUGAGGCAAGAGGUUUGGAAGAGAAACCCACCAUAGCAUUUGCCACAAUCCCUGCAGCCAGCCGAGUUAUCCAGACGGUCGCCAGCCAGAUGGCCCCAGGAGUCCCUGGACACACAGUCACCAUCCUACAGCCAGCUACACCAGUGACUCUCGGGCAGCACCAUCUUCCAGUCCGGGCUGUCACUCAGAACGGAAAGCAUGCUGUGCCCACGAAUAGCUUAACUGGCAACGCUUAUGCCCUCACCAGCCCCCUGCAGCUCCUGGCAGCCCAGGCGAGUUCAUCCACACCAGUGGUCAUCACCCGGGUGUGUGAGGUAGGGCCUGAGGAACCAACAGCAGCCGUCUCGGGGGCCACCAAUGCCACACAGACCCCAGCAACCUCCACUACCACAUCUGCCUCUUCCAGCGGGGAGCCUGAGGUCAAGAGGUCCCGGGUAGAGGAGCCCACUGGGACAGCCACCACACAGCCCACAGCAAUGGCAGCCACUGGCCCACAGGGACCAGGUACUGGCGAGUGAAGUCACCUGCAGGAAGGUGGAGUGGGACUCACGCCACAGGUGCCCAGGUGGCCAGCUGCUGCACUCAAGGACGGAGUAGAGAGGUUGACAGCCGCCUGCAGCAUGUGUACCACGAGGGUGGCCGCCACACUUGGACAGUUUCCUUUUUAUCUCUCCUGUCCUCCCAUGGUUUGAAACAAAACACAUAAACACGUUCAGACGACUUGAUUGUAUGAA